AUGUUAGUCGAUUUAGUAAGUGCAGCCCAAAAAGAAGACUGGGCCGAACUUCGAAAUGUUCUAUACAAACAUUGGCUCAAAACAUGCCCUAAAUUAUAUUCCAUCAACAAUGAACAACCAUGGGAUAAUACAGGAUUCAACGAGAAACUUAUUAAUGAACAAUUAUUCGUGCCAUUGGUCAGCGCAUUUUGUAUCGAUUCGCAAAAUAGUGAUUCGACUUUGAAUGGUUUGAACAAAUUGGCUGGAACUGAUCCAACCAAAAAAACGGGACAAAUGUGUGGACAUGUUUUCAAAAACGGUGAAUUAACUUAUACAUGUAUGGAUUGUGCUCAAGAUGGAACUUGUGUUAUGUGUUUGGAAUGUUUCGAAGCUUCGAUUCACAAAAAUCAUAAAUAUAGGGUAUGUGUGUUUUUGUCUAGCAAGAAAAUAAUUAUUUCAUUUUCUAAUAUUUUUCAGCUUCAUCCAUCGAGUGGUUCUGGUUAUUGCGAUUGUGGAGAUAUUGAUGCUUGGUCAGAUGGUUAUGCUUGUUCAAAUCAUACAAAAAAUGAUGAAGAAUCUCAUAAAAUUCCCGAAGAACUUCUUCUCCGAACUCGCAAAAUUGUGGAUAUAAUUUUGAUUUAUUGUAUCAAUCUUAUAACUCAACAAGAUGAUGCAGCAUUACCAAAAGAUAUUGAAAGGUAAAUAUUAUAAUUUUCACAAACUUUAUCAAAUGUUUUUUUUCAGUGUUAAAGCGGAAUUAAAUCGAGAUGUUACAACUGCUCCACAAUAUUUAACUGUUUUAUACAAUGAUGAAACACAUACAUAUGAAAGUGUUAUAAAAGUACUUGAAUUGUAUAUUCAUUGUACAAAAGAUCAAGCAAUGCUUGUUGCAACUCUUGUUGAUCGAGAAGGUCGAAGUGCUGUAAAACUAGGCUCAAAAAAUGAAUGUACAAAAGCAAAAGAUGAUUUUCAACGAAAGAAAUCAGGAAGUACAGUAAUCCGAAGAUCAGUUGAUCGAAGUCUUCCGCUUGCAGUUAAAGUUAUGGAUACUGAAUUAUUUGCUCAUCAAAAUCAUGCAAUUUCUCUUUUAAAUUGGUUGAAUAUACAAAUGGAUGUAUUUCCUUCGUUGAGAGAAAUUGUUGGAGAAGCUAUGUUGGCACAAUUAAAUGAGACUGAAAAAGAAAUUGUUAUUGAGGAAAAUGUGGUAAGUUAUAAUUAUAUAUCUUAUGGUAUGAAUUUGGAAAGUAAAUACUGUGUUUUCUAGACUUCGAUGGAAGAAGGACAAGAACAAAUAGAAGUAAAAGUAGAAGAAGAAAGUGAAGAAUCGAUUGAAAAUAUGGAAGUUGAUGAAGAAUCUACUUGUCCACAAAAAUCCGAAGCAAAAACAUUAUUGGAAACAAUUUUAUUGAAAGAUACUGAAAUGUGGAAAUCAGCUCGAAGUUUAUUACAUCAAAUGUUAAUGAAAACUGUUUUCAUGAAUUAUGAGCAAAAAGUGAAGUUUUCGAAAACAUUUAUCCAACAUUAUGAUAAAAUUUACCAAUAUUUUAUUGACGAUGAUCAUGAUAUGGAUAUUUCAGUUGUUGGUUUAUCAGUUCAAUUUUUAACAGUUCCUGCAUUAGCGAGACAACUUAUUGCUGAAGAUGAUGCAUUUAGUGUUAUUAUUAAAACACUUAUAUCGCAUACAAAUAAAUAUAUAAAAGAAGAAUCGAAACGAUUUGAUUUUAUGGGAAGAUCAUUUCCAACUGAAUUGAAAAGAUCUUUGAAUAUUUCAAGAGAUAUGGCGUAAGUUUAUUUUAUUAAUUUGUUUUAUGAAAACAACAAUUACAUUUUGUCUAGUUAUUUGUUGAAUGCGGUUCCAAGUUCUGAUGGAUGGUCGCCGGAAUUGAGAACUAAUUUCAUCAAAGGACUCAAACAUUUUUUGAACUUUUUGCAUCAUUUACAAGGAAUGGAUGAAGUUAAAAGACAAGCUGGAGAACAUCAAAUUUGGGAAUCUGAAUGGGAAACUGCAUUUAAUAUUUUAUUGAGAAUGAAAGAUGUUAUUUCAUUGAUUAUUUUGUGGACAAAUACAAAUGUGAGUUUCAAUAAUAUUAGCUUAAAAUUUCGAAAUAAUGAAUACAUUUUCAGAAAGAUGUUCAUAAUGAAAUUCUACUUUUAUGUCUCGAAGAAAUGGAUCAACAUCCAAUUACAUCAACAGAUGAAAAUGGAGGAACUCAUAUUGUUGUAGAAGUUGAAACUGUUUCAGCAACUCUUCGAAAUUUUGAUGUUCUUCGUGGUGGAGUUUCUAUUCAUCAACCAAUUGUUCGUUUAAUUGCUGGCCUUUUUUCGUCUCCUGAUUUUGUUCAAUUUCUCAAAGGACAAACUGAAAAUGAAAUGGAAGUCAAAAUUCGAAAUCGUGUCAAAUUAUUGGGAAAAGAUUUUUAUGAGAUGAGUUUGCGGGUAUUAGUAUUAUGUGCACAAUCAGUUGCUCAAUUAUGGAGAAGAAAUGGAUUUUCAUUGGUUAAUCAAAUUCAUAAUUAUUUUUCUCCACUUUGUCGAAGUGAAAUGUUUGAUCGAGAUAUUCUUAUGAUUCAAGUUGGAUGUGCAAUUACACCACCAGUUGAUUUCUUAUUGCAUUUAUUGCAAAGAUUCCGUUUGGCUCAAUGGGCAGAAACAUCAUUUGAAGGUUUUGUAAAACAAGGAAGAUUGGAUAAUACUAAAAUGGAUACUGAAGAUUUGAGCAAAAUAACUGUUACUUUGGCUGAAGAAUUUUUACAAUUAAUCAUUAUGAUUGUUGGUAUGUUAUUUUUGGGAGAUUUUUAUAUAUUAAAUUAAAUUGCCCUUUUUUAAGGCGAACGAUUUGCACCGGGUGUUGGAAAAUGUCCAUCGAUGAGUGGAUUACAAAGAGAAGUUGUUCAUGUUCUUUGUACAGGAUCUCAAACAUUCAGCCAUGUUUGUACUUUUUCUUUCAAUAUGUAAUUCAAAAAAAAACAUUUUUUUUCAGAUCCAACAUAAAAUGUCACAUGAUGUCCCAUCAAAACGAAUUUCCCUACACGAAGCUGUUAAUGCUGUAGCCGAUUUCCGAAAACCACUUGCAACUUCAGCUGGGCAAUUUUAUUUGAAAAAUGAUUGUUUGAAUCAGUUCAAUCCAUUUUUCAUGCAUUAUUCAAAAAGUGAUCAAUCACAAGCUGAACAACAUCAAACUAAAAUUAGAUCAAAAAUGGAUAAGUAAGUUGAUUUUUCAUUUAUUUUAUUAUUCAAUAAUUAAUUUCAGAUCAAUUCGAGCUUGUAUUCCACCAAAACUUCCGGAAUUCAAUACAUUUUUCGAACGAAUACCUGAUAUUUUACGAAAUCCUUUGAUUAUUCGAAUUCUUCGUUUGAUUAUUGAUAGAACAACAAAAAGAAAUCGAUUUUCGAGUGACAGAUUAUUUCAUAAAGCAUUAUUUAUUGUUGGAAUGGCUUUGAAUGAAGAAGAAACAAAUCCGGAAGAAUUUAAUUUCACUGGAAUUGCUGAAGAUACUUGUGGAUUAAUUGAAGCAUUAGAAGGAUUACAAGGAAAACAAGAAUCAUCGAUUUGUCAUUUGUUAUUAGAUGAAAUCAUUUUGAAAUAUAAAAGAUUACGUGGUCUUCGAGCUGGUACUUCAAAAGAAGAAACAACUGAAAAAAUCGAGAAACCAAAUAAUGAAACAGUUGAAGAAGCAAAAUUGAGAAGAGCAGCAAAAGCAGCUGAAAUGAGAAAGAAAGCAAUGAGUAAAAUGACAAAUAUGCAAACGAAAUUUAUGAAACAAAUUGAAGAAGUUGAAAGAAAAGAAGAUCAAACAACAUCAAAUACAAAUGAACAAACAAAUGUUGGAAAAGUUGAUUUUUAUGGAAAAAGUGAUUAUGAUGAAGAUAUUGUAAGAGCUAUUGGAACUGAUUUUCCUGUUUGUAUUGGAGCAAAUCGAUGGAAAGCUGAGGUAAACUUUUUUUGGAAACUGCGGAGGAAAAAAUGAAUUUUUUCUGUGAAUUCUAGUAAAAAUUAUGACACUUUCUUUGAAAUUCCAUCCAUAUCAAAAAUUAAAAUUUCCUGUUAGAAAACUUCCAAAAUACUUCUAAUUUUUUCUGAAAUUUACCUAUCAUUUUUUAUUUUUUGAAAUUCGCUCACCUGGAGCUCAAAGUCCUGGGUGGUAUACGAUUUAUUGUUUUAAUUUUUAUUCUAACUUUUUUCUAAAGCCUAGGGAAUAUGCUUUCGAUGAAAUUCCGGGAUUUUCGGUGAAAAUUUUACAAAAAUAAUUUUUACAGAUUAUCAGUGAACGAAAACUAACUUGUAUUUUGUGUCAAGAAGAUGAACCAGUUCAUCCGACAAAUGGAAAACCAAUGGUUUGUGCUGCUUUCAUUCAACAGUCAGUUUUUUCUAUAUAAUUUCUCAAUAAAAAACUAAAAAUUGAAUUUCUUAGAUCGCAACUUUUCACUCAUAAAAAUCGAAAUGGCGAAUUAAUGACAUCAACAUCAACAUCGAUUUCACCAAAAGAUUUAUUAACAGCUCCAGCAACUCUUCAAUAUGGCGUUGAUGUUUCAACAUGUUCUCAUUCAAUGCAUUUUGAAUGUUACAAAACAAUGUUUGAAGCGAAUAAAAAUCGAGAAUCAUUGAGAGCAAGACAACAACAUGGAAGUCAUAAAAUGGUUGAACCAGAAGAAGGCGAAUAUUUAUGUCCAUUAUGUAAAAGAUUAUCAAAUGCUGCUAUUCCAAUACUUCCAGCUACACAAAUUACACCAAUUCGAGGAUUUUCAACAGUUUCUGGUGCUAUAAAUGAGGAAUUUGACGAUUGGGUUGCAAGAGUUAAAAGACAAUUAGAUAUGCCGUGCAGUAAUGAAAAUAUUAGGAAGAAAGGACAUAGCAGAAAAAGAUCACAUUCAGAAAGAAGUUUAUUGGAUUUGGAAAAACAAGCACAAAAAGAUGAAGAAACAACAACACCAUCUGCUGGUUUACUUGCAUUAGUUACACCGCAUUCUGAAACUGAUCCAGCUGGAAUUGUUGAAAUGGUUGUGAGAAAUGUUGAAAAUGAUGCGACAAAUGAAUUUUAUAAUGAAUUGGCAGCAAUGUUUUUGGAUCAAGAUCCAAUUGCAAAUUCAGUAUCACCAAUAAAUACACCAGAAGCAACCCCAAUUGGUGGAACAACACCAAGAAGUAAUGAAUCAACACCUGAUAAAAAACCAUUGAGUGCACAAAUUCAACAUGCUUUGCAUACUUUAAUUCGACCAUUUCCGGGAUUAGUUAAUUCGAAUCGAUUAUGUGGAAAUGGUUUAGAACAAUAUGAAGAAUCAAUCAAAGAAUUGGGAAAAAACAUGAUAAAAUUCAGAAAAAAAGGAAAUGAAUCAAAGACAAAAUUCAUUGAAAAACAUUUGAAAGGAUAUGUAAUUGCUACAGUAACCUGGCAAAGUGCUGCACAUGUUGCAAGAGCAAUCUCUUCAUAUCUUCAUUAUGAUGGAAAACCAUUGUUUGGUGCAUUAAAUACAAGACAUCGAGAUUGUUUAUCAGCAAUGGCUAGAUUGUGUUCUUCAUUAUCACAUAAUCUUCAAUUUUUACAAAAUGCUAUUUCGGAUAUGUUGCGUAUUUUAUGUUGUGAACCACCAGUUGCAUCAUCAUCUUCUGUUUCUUCAACAAUUCCACAAUCUCCACCAGCUGGAGCACCUUCCACUUCAACAAGUACACCUUCAAAUUCAUCCACAAAUGUUACUGCUAAUUUCACUUUCCUCAUGCAAUUGUUCAAUUUGGGAGGACCGAAGAAAAAUGCGAAUUUGAAUAUAUUGCAAGUCGAUAUUUUGAGCUUGGCGGUGAGUUUAUUUUGAAAACAAAAAUAUUUUUGGAAUUGGUAUUUUUCAGAUAUCAUUAAUGAUGUCAAUUGGUUGGACUUGGCAUAAUGGAAAUCAAUUAUUGAAUACGGUUGGAAAUCAAAAACAAAGACAAUUAGCACCAGAUGGAUCUGUUGAUGAAGCAUAUGUUCUUAGAUUAUCAUUACUUGCACAUUAUUUCCAGGUAAUUUAUUUUCAGUUCUUUACGAAAUUUAAUCAUUUUUUGAAGAUUUUUGCAACUUAUGAAGAAAAUGAUGGAAAUGAUGUACAAAUGACAGAAGAAAAUGAAGAAGUUGUAAGUGAAUUGGAUGCACAAACUAAUCAACUUCUCACAAAACUCUUCUUCUUUUGUCGUCCUUAUGAAAGUCGUCCAAGACGCAUGGAUUUAUUGUAUAAAAGACUUGAAGAAGGAGCACAAAACUUGCUUCGACCAAUUGCUCUGAUAUAUCAUUUCUUGACUUUGAUUGAUCCACCAGAAGCACUCAAAGAUCCCUCAAUUAAUAGUUCUGAACCAUUAUUCAGAUAUUUGAGUCUUCCAUCGAAAAUUGAGGAACAAAUAAGUGGAUCAUUGGUUGAGAAUUUAUUCUCAAUGUGGUCGCAUGCAAUUCCAAGAGAUAGUUUUUCGCGUCAAGAAAUUGUUGUUCAACCAGUUCGACCAAAUUUAUUGGUUGAUUUACCAUUGAAAUAUAGUCAAUUGAUAAAUCAAGUAUCAACAUUCCGGUAAGAGAUUCUUUUUAGAAAAGAUAAACUAACAAACCGUGGGAUUUAAUUUUGCAGUUGCCCAUCAAUUCCAAUCGAAGAAUCAACAUCAAAUGUUCCAACAAUUUGUUUAGUUUGCGGUCAAGUUUUAUGCUCGCAAGCAUAUUGUUGCCAAAGAAUUGUAAGUUGUGAUAUUUCUGAAUAUUAAAGCUUCCUUUAAUUUUUGCAGAUCGACAAACAAACAUAUGGUGCUUGUAGAUAUCAUAUGUCACAAUGUUCGGGAUCUGUUGGAAUUUUCUUACGGUUAGUUUGUAUUCGAAGGUGAACCUGUGGAAAAUCUAAACAUUUCGAUUUUAUUGUACUUAUUUUUUAUAAUUGAAUGUUUCAACAAACCUUCAGUUUAUAAUCCCAUAUAUGAAAACUGAUCAGUUAGAAAUGAGUUUCAAGGUGUUGGAAAUCAAUGAGAUGCCGCCUCCUAAAUUAUAAAUUUAAAAAAAAUCAAAAGGUUACAAUUUCAGAGUUCGAGAUUGUAAUUUGGUUCUAAUGACAACUAGAAAACGUGGAUGUUUCCGCCCGGCACCGUAUGUUGAUGAAUUCGGAGAGAGCGAUCAAGGAUUCAGGUAUUUUGAAAAGAAAACAAUUGACGUAAACAAAUGUCUUUUUUAGACGUGGAAAUCCAUUGCAAUUGAACAAAGGAUUAUAUCAAAAAUUGAAACAACUUUGGUUACAACAAGGAGUUACAGAAGAGGUAUGUUUCAAAUAUUUUUAUUCAAUUUUUUCAAUAUAAUUGUUUUGAGGUUGUCAAUUACAAUGAAAUCGAUUUUCGAAAUCAUCAAUAUGAUUGGGGUCAUUUCUAA